AUGGCUGAGCAGCUGGUUCUUCGCGGCACCCUUGAGGGCCACAAUGGCUGGGUUACUUCUCUCGCCACCUCCCUGGAGAACCCCAACAUGCUGCUGUCCGCUUCCCGCGACAAGACCCUGAUCAUCUGGAACCUUACCCGUGAUGAGCAGGCCUACGGUUACCCCAAGCGCAGCCUCGAGGGUCACUCCCACAUCGUCUCUGACUGUGUGAUCUCCUCCGACGGUGCCUACGCCCUGUCCGCUUCUUGGGAUAAGUCUCUCCGUCUCUGGGAGCUCUCCACCGGAAACACCACCCGCACUUUCGUCGGCCACACCAACGACGUUCUGUCCGUCUCGUUCUCCGCCGACAACCGUCAGAUCGUCUCCGGAUCCCGUGACCGCUCCAUCAAGCUGUGGAACACCCUCGGUGACUGCAAGUACACCAUCACCGACAAGGGCCACACCGAGUGGGUUUCCUGCGUUCGCUUCAGCCCCAACCCCCAGAACCCCGUCAUUGUCUCCGCUGGUUGGGACAAGCUCGUCAAGGUUUGGGAGCUCGCUUCUUGCCGUCUCCAGACCGACCACAUCGGUCACACCGGCUACAUCAACACCGUCACCAUCUCCCCCGAUGGAUCCCUCUGCGCCUCCGGUGGCAAGGACGGUACCACCAUGCUCUGGGACCUUAACGAGUCCAAGCACCUCUACUCCCUCUCCGCUGGCGAUGAGAUCCACGCUCUCGUCUUCUCCCCCAACCGCUACUGGCUGUGCGCUGCCACCAGCAGCUCCAUCACCAUCUUCGACCUCGAGAAGAAGAGCAAGGUUGAUGAGCUCAAGCCUGAGUUCGUUGAGAAGGGCAAGAAGAGCCGUGACCCCGAGUGCAUCAGCUUGGCUUGGUCCGCUGACGGCCAGACUCUGUUCGCUGGUUACACUGACAACAAGAUCCGUGCCUGGGGUGUUAUGUCGCGCGCAUAGAUUUGAGUUGUUGUGACGGAGCUUGAGGAGCCUCUUUUUGUUCUAUUGAC